UUAUCGCGUCCUCAGUCCCCGUAAGGCGCUCGUUAAUACCUGCAGGGGGAGCUCGGGCGCUCUAGGGAAACAUGUUCGGGAGAGGCGUUCGGACAGUGUCCUCUUAGACGUCGGCUGUAGAGGACGGGGAGUAUGCCCGGUUGCCAACCCUGUACACGCCUUGUAGUGGAACAGCCCACCAAGGAGAGAGGGAAUGUUAUCCCGGAAGAAAACCAAGAAAGAAGUUUCAAAGCCCGCCGAGGUGCAGGGGAAGUACGUGAAGAAGGAGACCUCACCCCUGCUGAGGAAUUUGAUGCCAUCCUUUAUACGCCAUGGUCCAACCAUUCCACGAAGGACUGAUGUCUGCUCGCCCGAAACCAGUUCUGCCCAUUAUACCCCAGCAGGAGACGGGGCCGUUUCCAGAAACCAAAGUAUUUUACGGACUCGCGUUCAGCGUCCGCCGCAGGAAGUUAUGCGCAGGGAGAGCAACAGACUUUCUGCACCUUCGUACCUCGUCAGGGGUUUGGGAGAUGUUCCCCGCGAAUACGGAUCUUCUUCUCAAUCGUUUUUCACGGAGGUCAAUUCUGUCAUGGAGAAUGGAGACGCCAACUCCAGAUAUUACUGCACAGAGCAACAAUAUGAUGGACAAAGGAGACGGCAAGUCGAUCGCACGCACGAUGAAUACCGGUUCUACGAUCACAACAGUGACCAUGUACAGAGGGUAAUGCAUGGACAAGGCAGGCAUCCGGCAGGAAUUGGAAGGAUCGCGGCAACGUCUCUAGGAAAUUUGACAAACCAUAGUGCUGAAGAUAUGCCUCUGCCCCCUGGCUGGACUGUUGAUUGGACUAUACGAGGAAGAAAAUACUACAUCGAUCACAACACAAACACCACGCAUUGGAGCCAUCCGCUGGAGAGAGAAGGGCUGCCUCCCGGCUGGGAACGGGUCGAAUCGGCCGAGUUUGGAGUCUAUUACGUGGACCAUAUCAAUAAAAGAGCACAAUAUAAACACCCGUGUGCUCCAAGCGUUCCACGCUAUGAUCAGCCGCCUCCUCUUCCUCCUCCGAUAACUUACCAGCCUCAGCAAGUUGAAAGAAGCCAGCCGCUGCUCGUGCCAGCAAACCCGUAUCAUACAGCCGAGAUCCCCGACUGGCUUCAAGUUUAUGCCCGAGCUCCUGUUAAAUAUGACCACAUUUUGAAGUGGGAACUCUUCCAGCUGGCAGAUUUGGACACCUACCAGGGAAUGCUGAAAUUACUUUUCAUGAAAGAACUGGAACGGAUUGUUAAGCUCUACGAAGCCUACAGACAGGCGCUUAUCGGCGAGGUGGAGAUGCGAAAACAGAGACAGCAGUGGCUGGCCAGUGCUGCCCCUUCAGCCUCGCGUCUCUCUAAAUCUAAACCGUUUGAACCGCAGCGGUCCUAAAACUGUACUAAACCCCCAGAGUAUUUCAUUGACCAACACGGUACAUGAACGUAUUCUCAUCGCCGGUUUCUUUAGCAGACUAUGUCUCACAAUCCAAAAAGCUCAACAUAAAGCUGUAAAAAAAAAAAAACACUACUUUGGGAAAACACUAUACACUAUUAAUGCCCUAGGGGUAUCAAUAAUAAAAAUAUAUACGUACUAGCAGGAACCUCCCUUCUCGUGGGUUAAACUUGAGUGCUCCAAAACCUCAUCUUAAUACUGGAAAUAAUAGCACGACAGCGGUGUGGUGAUUAAAGAAUGUUUUAUUGGUAGCAUACAUAGUGACCCAUCUCCAAAGGUUAUACGGCGUUACGGCACAGACCAUUUCAUGAACGGUGCUGCAGAACACGCUUUCUGAUUUAAAGAAAGGGAAACAUGUUUUACUUUUGGUGUAACGAUGCCCCAGUCACAUAAACAAUGUAUAUUUAUUUAUAAUAAACUCCAAACUGCUGUUUUUUCGAUGACGAUGUAGCUUGACGCUUGCGAUGAUUAUGGUUUUGUUGAGAAGUAUCUUUGGGGAACCAGUCCUUUAUCUUUUUCGGUAUUUUUGGUUGUAGCCGCAUUUACAAAAAAAAAAAACCCAUCGGUUCUUAAAUACCAUAAUGUUACAGAGAUUUAAGCUUUGACUAUUAAAUAUACUUUUGUUCUAA